AUGGCUCGGGGUGGGCCGGGGGCAGAGGAGGCCUCCCUCCGCUCAAACGCCUUGUCCUGGCUGGCCUGCGGGCUCCUGGCCCUGCUGGCCAACGCCUGGAUCAUCCUCAGCAUCUCGGCCAAGCAGCAGAAGCACAAGCCGCUGGAGCUGCUGCUCUGCUUCCUGGCAGGCACGCACAUCCUCAUGGCGGCCGUGCCCCUCACCACCUUCGCUGUGGUGCAGCUCCGGCGCCAGGCCUCCUCCGACUAUGACUGGAACGAGAGCAUCUGCAAGGUCUUUGUGUCCACCUACUACACGCUGGCCCUGGCCACCUGCUUCACCGUCGCCUCGCUCUCCUACCACCGCAUGUGGAUGGUGCGUUGGCCCGUCAACUACCGCCUCAGCAACGCCAAGAAGCAGGCGCUGCACGCGGUCGUGGGCAUCUGGAUGGUCAGCUUCAUCCUCUCCACACUGCCCUCCAUUGGCUGGCACAACAACGGCGAGCGCUACUACGCCCGCGGCUGCCAGUUCAUAGUCUCCAAGAUCGGCCUCGGCUUUGGCGUCUGCUUCAGCCUCUUGCUACUUGGGGGCAUUGUCAUGGGGCUGGUCUGUGUGGCCAUCACCUUCUACCAGACGCUGUGGGCCCGGCCCCGGAGGGCUCAACAGGCCCGGAGAGCGGGGGCUGGGGGCGGGGCCAAGGGGGGUGGGCCAGGGGGGUUGGGCACCCGGCCAGCCUUUGAGGUGCCGGCCAUUGUGGUGGAAGAUGCCCGAGGGAAGCGGCGGUCCUCGCUGGAUGGGUCCGAGUCGGCCAAGACAUCCCUGCAGGUCACCAACUUGGUCAGCGCCAUCGUCUUUCUCUAUGACUCACUCACAGGGGUGCCCAUCUUGGUGGUGAGCUUCUUCUCCCUGAAGUCGGACUCGGCUCCCCCCUGGAUGGUGCUGGCUGUGCUGUGGUGCUCCAUGGCACAGACGCUGCUGCUGCCUUCCUUCAUCUGGUCCUGCGAGCGCUACCGCGCCGACGUGCGCACGGUGUGGGAGCAGUGCGUGGCUAUCAUGUCCGAGGAGGAUGGCGACGACGAUGGGGGCUGCGAUGACUAUGCAGAUGGCCGAGUGUGCAAAGUUCGCUUUGAUGCCAACGGGGCCGCGGGACCAGGGGGCAGGGACCCUACCCAAGUGAAGCUGCUUCCUGGAAGGCACAUGCUCUUUCCCCCUCUUGAGAGGGUCCACUACUUACAGGUCCCUCUGUCCCGCCGCCUGUCCCACGAUGAGACCAACAUCUUCUCUACUCCUCGGGCACCUGGCUCCUUCCUGCACAAGUGGUCAUCCUCUGAUGACAUCCGGGUCCUCCCAGCCCAGAGCCGGGCCCUAGGGGGCCCUCCUGAGUACCUGGGACAAAGACAAAGGCUGGAGGAUGAGGAGGAGGAGGAGGAGGCUGAAGGUGGGGGGCUGGCCAGCCUUCGCCAAUUCCUGGAGGGCGGGGUUCUGGGGUCAGGUGGGGGACCCCCACGGGGUCCAGGCUUCUUCCGAGAGGAGAUCACCACCUUCAUUGACGAGACACCUUUGCCUUCUCCGACGGCCUCGCCAGGGCCCUCUCCUCGCCGGCCCAGGCCGCUGGGAGUCUCACCCCGCCGACUCUCCCUUGGGUCCCCUGAUAGCAGAGUCGUUGGACUUCCUUUGGGGCUAAGUGCAGGGCGACGCUGCUCCCUGACAGGAGGUGAGGGGAGUGCAAGAGCUUGGGGAGGAUCUUGGGACCCAGGUAACCCCAUCUUCCCCCAGCUGACCCUGUGA